AUGCCGUUGAUGAGGAUAGCAAAGGCGGCUUUGGGUCUAGGAGCUGCCUUGACGGCCGUUAAUUCGACCAUAUACACAGUGGAUAGCGGCGAGAGAGCUGUGCUGUUCGACCGAUUCAAAGGUGUUCUAGAAGAAUCCAUCGGAGAAGGGACACAUCUCAAGGUUCCAUGGGUGCAAAAGCCUUAUAUCUUCGACAUUCGAACCAGACCCUACGAGUUCAACACCGACUCUGGAACUAAGGAUCUUCAAAUGGUCAAUCUCACCCUCCGUGUUAUGUCUCGUCCUGAUGUUUGGCGCCUUCCAAAGAUAUUCAACCACUUGGGUCUCGAGUACGCCGAAAAGGUUCUACCAGCGAUCGGGAACGAGGUGUUGAAAGCAGUGGUGGCUCAGUUCAACGCGGACCAGCUCUUGACAGAUCGUCCACAGGUCUCGGCUAUUGUCCGCGAGUCGCUGGUGAAGCGAGCCAAGGAAUUCAACAUUGUUCUCGAUGACGUAGCGAUCGCGCACCUCAAGUACGGUCCAGAGUUCUCACGUGCCGUGGAGAGGAAGCAAGUGGCGCAGCAAGAAGCUGAGCGGUCCAAGUUCAUAGUGGCAAAGGCUGAUCAAGAGAGACGAGCAGCUGUGAUCAGAGCUGAAGGAGAGAGCGAGUCCGCUCGGGUUAUAUCGAAAGCGGCUUCAGAGGCUGGGAUGGGUUUGAUCGAGCUCAGAAGGAUCGAGGCUGCUAGAGAGAUAGCGAUUACGCUCUCUAGGUCUCCCAACGUCGUUUACUUGCCUGGUGGUGAGAAUUUGUUGUUUGGAUUGAAUGGGUUGAGCCGUUGA